CGGUCGGGGAGGCGGGAAGGAGCCGGCGGGCCGGGCCGGACGCGGGCGGCGGGGGAGGCUGCGAGGCGCGGGCUGGCGGCUGUCCCGGCACGGCGGGGGCGCAGGCCCGCUGGCCCGAGGCGCGCUGAGGGGCCGGGCGGCCGUGGGGCAGCUCCUGCGGGGCUCCGGGGACGCCAGGCCGAGCGCUCGGCUCCGUUCGCACCUCGGGGUGCCGCCGGUGACCCCGCUGCCCGGGAGCCCCGGGGCGGGCGGGGGUCCCGCCGCAGUCCCGGCCGGGUCCCGGGCCGUGAGGAGCGGCGGAGGGCCCGGGCCUGGCCCCGGAGCGGGGCUCGUGUGCCCCGGACGCGCUCGGCCGCCGCUAGCUGGAGCGGGACCCUCGCGAGCAGAGAGCUCGGAUGUCGGCAUGGGCAUUGUGCUCGCUCUGGCGCCCCCGUAAACAAACUCGAGACUCGGUAAAGUCUGCAAAGUUUGAAGAUUUCUUUCUGUGGAUCAAAACCCUUCAGAAGAACAAGCCCUGACAGUCCCAUGUUGAGCAAAGCAGAGUUUGUGGAGAAGGUUCGCCAGAGCAACCAGGCUUGCCAUGACGGCGAUUUCCACACGGCGAUCGUGCUGUACAACGAGGCGCUGGGCGUGGACCCCCAGAACUGCAUCCUCUACAGCAACCGCUCUGCAGCCUACAUGAAGAUCCACCAGUAUGACAAGGCCCUGGAUGAUGCCAUCAAAGCUCGGCUCCUCAAUCCCAAAUGGCCUAAGGCAUACUUCCGUCAGGGCGUGGCCCUGCAGUACCUGGGACGCCAUGCGGAUGCGCUGGCCGCGUUUGCGUCGGGGCUGGCGCAGGACCCCAAGAGCCUUCAGCUUCUGGUCGGCAUGGUGGAGGCUGCCAUGAAGUCUCCCAUGCGAGAGUCCCUGGAGCCCACCUACCAACAACUGCAGAAGAUGAAGCUGGACAAGAGCCCCUUUGUUGUGGUGUCUGUGAUCGGCCAGGAGCUCCUGACCGCAGGCCACCACGGGGCCUCUGUGGUGGUGCUGGAGGCUGCCCUGAAGAUUGGCACGUGCAGCCUGAAGCUGCGGGGGUCGGUGUUCUCUGCACUGAGCAGUGCGUACUGGUCGCUGGGGAACACGGAGAAAAGCACUGGAUACAUGCAGCAGGACUUGGACGUGGCCAAGAGUUUAGGUGACCAGACAGGAGAAUGCCGAGCUCAUGGAAAUCUGGGCUCUGCAUUCUUCUCCAAAGGAAAUUACCGGGAAGCCCUUACUAACCACAGACAUCAGCUGGUGCUUGCCAUGAAGCUCAAGGACAGAGAGGCAGCAUCCUCGGCACUGAGCAGCCUGGGCCACGUGUACACAGCCAUCGGGGACUACCCCAAUGCGCUGGCCAGCCACAAGCAGUGCGUGCUCCUGGCCAAGCAGUCCAAGGACGAGCUCUCGGAGGCGCGGGAGCUGGGCAACAUGGGGGCGGUGUACAUCGCCAUGGGGGACUUUGAGAACGCCGUGCAGUGCCACGAGCAGCACCUCAACAUCGCCAAGGAGCUGGGGAACAAGCGGGAGGAAGCUCGAGCCUACAGCAACCUGGGCAGCGCUUACCACUACCGCAGGAACUUCGACAAGGCCAUGUCCUACCACAACUACGUGUUGGAGCUGGCCCAGGAGCUGGCUGAGAAGGCCAUUGAGAUGCGAGCUUACGCUGGCCUGGGCCAUGCAGCUAGAUGUAUGCAAGACCUGGAGAGGGCUAAGCAGUACCACGAAGAACAGUUGCACAUUGCUGAGAGCCUGCAGGACCGAGCUGCUGAAGGCAGAGCCUCCUCCAAUCUAGGAAUCAUUCACCAGAUGAAAGGCGACUACGACACGGCGCUGCGGCUGCACAAGACGCACCUGUCCAUAGCGCAGGAGCUGAGCGACUACGCAGCCCAAGGCCGCGCCUAUGGCAACAUGGGCAACGCUUACAACGCCCUGGGCCUCUACGACCAGGCUGUCAAGUACCAUCGGCAGGAGCUGCAGAUCUCCAUGGAGGUCAACGACCGCGCUUCUCAGGCUUCCACGCACGGGAACUUGGCAGUGGCUUACCAGGCGCUGGGUGCCCAUGACCGCGCUCUGCAGCACUACCAAAAUCACCUCAACAUCGCCCGCGAGCUGCGGGACAUCCAGAGCGAAGCGCGAGCCCUCAGCAACUUGGGCAACUUCCACUGCACGCGAGGAGAGUUCGUGCAGGCGGCCCCGUACUAUGAGCAGUACCUGCGCUUGUCCCCGGAGCUGCAGGACAUGGAAGGAGAGGGGAAAGUUUGCCACAACCUUGGCUAUGCCCAUUAUUGCCUGGGGAACUAUGAAGAAGCUGUUAAGUACUACGAGCAGGAUCUUGCCUUGGCAAAGGAUCUUCACGACAAGCUGAGCCAAGCCAAAGCCUAUUGCAACCUGGGCCUGGCCUUCAAAGCCUUGAUGGACUUCAACAAAGCAGAGGAGUGUCAAAAGUACCUGUUGUCCCUGGCACAGUCUCUGAACAAUUCCCAGGCCAAAUUCCGAGCUCUGGGGAACUUGGGGGAUAUUUUUGUCUGUAAAAAAGAUGUACAUGGUGCAAUAAAGUUUUAUGAGCAGCAGUUGAGCUUAGCCCAUCAUGUUAAAGACAGGAGACUGGAAGCCAAUGCCUAUGCAGCCCUGGGCUCUGCAUACAGGAUGGUACAGAAGUGUGACAAGGCUUUAGGUUACCACACGCAGGAGCUGGAGGUGUACCAGGAGCUGGGGGAUAUGUCGGGUGAAUGCAGAGCACACGGUCACCUUGCUGCAGUGUACAUGUCACUUGGGAAGUACACCAUGGCCUUCAAGUGCUACGAAGAACAGCUGGAGCUGGGGCAGAAGUUGAAGGACCCCAGCAUCGAAGCCCAGGUCUACGGUAACAUGGGCAUUACCAAGAUGAACAUGAAUGUCAUGGAGGAAGCGAUUGGCUACUUUGAGCAGCAGCUGGCCAUGCUGCAGCAGCUGAGUGGGAAUGAAUCCGUGUUAGAUCGGGGCCGAGCGUAUGGGAACCUGGGAGAUUGUUAUGAGGCUCUGGGAGAUUUUGAGGAAGCUAUAAAGUAUUAUGAACAGUACCUGUCUGUGGCUCAAAGCUUGAACCGUAUGCAAGAUCAGGCAAAGGCCUACCGAGGCUUGGGCAGUGGGCACAGGGCAAUGGGAAGUUUACAGCAGGCUCUGGUGUGCUUUGAGAAGAGGCUCGUAGUGGCACACGAGCUGGGGGAGGCAUUUAACAAAGCCCAGGCUUACGGGGAGCUGGGAAGCCUGCACAGCCAGCUGGGCAACUACGAGCAGGCCAUCUCGUGCCUGGAACGGCAGCUGAACAUCGCCCGGGAGAUGAAGGACCGGGCGCUGGAGAGCGACGCCGCCUGCGGCCUGGGCGGGGUGUACCAGCAGAUGGGCGAGUACGAGACCGCCCUGCAGUACCACCAGCUGGACCUGCAGAUCGCCGAGGAGACCAACAACCCCGCGGGCCAGGGCCGCGCCUACGGCAACCUGGGCCUCACCUACGAGUCCUUGGGCACCUACGAGAGGGCUGUGGUUUAUCAGGAGCAGCACCUCAGCAUCGCGGCGCAGAUGAACGACCUCGUGGCCAAAACCGUGUCUUACAGCAGCCUGGGGAGGACUCAUCAUGCUUUACAGAACUAUUCUCAGGCUGUGAUGUACCUGCAGGAAGGACUGAGGCUGGCAGAGCAGCUGGGACGCAGAGAAGAUGAAGCAAAAAUCCGUCACGGCCUCGGCCUCUCCCUCUGGGCGAGUGGGAACCUGGAGGAGUCCCAGCACCAGCUGUACCGGGCCUCGGCGCUGUUUGAAACCAUCCGCCACGAGGUGCAGCUCAGCACGGAUUACAAGCUGUCACUCUUUGACCUGCAGACAUCCUCCUACCAGGCCCUGCAGCGAGUUCUUGUCAGUCUGGGUCACCAUGACGAGGCACUGGCAGUAGCAGAGAGAGGACGAACGAGGGCUUUUGCUGACCUGCUCGUGGAACGCCAGACUGGGCAGCAGGACUCAGAUCCCUAUUCUCCUGUGACCCUUGACCAGGUCCUGGAGACUGUGAAUGGCCAGAGGGGACUUGUUCUCUACUACUCACUGGCUGCAGGUUAUCUGUACAGCUGGCUGCUGGCUCCUGGGGCAGGAAUUCUGAAAUUCCAUGAGUAUUAUCUGGGUGACAGCCUGACAGAAAAUGCUGGGGACUUCCAUGAAGCCAACAGCAUGGCCCUGCAGACACUGACAAGCUCAGCACUGGAGCAGCACAUCUCCAGCGUGCGGGAGGCUCUGGGAGUGGAUUCCUACUACACAAGAGCCUGUGCUAGCAGUGAGACAGAGAGUGAAGCUGGGGAUAUCAUGGACCAGCAGUUUGAGGAGAUGAAUAACAAGCUGAACUCAAUGACUGAUCCAACUGGCUUCCUGAGGAUGGUCAGCAGGAACAACCUAUUGAACAGGAGCUGUCAGAGCAUGACCAGCCUGUUCAGCACUACCAUGUCUCCUGCUAAGGAUGGAACAUCAUCGCUUCCAAGGAGGCAGACUCCUUUCACCAAACCCCCACUCCGUGCUCUCUACGACUUGCUGAUAGGACCCAUGGAAGGAGGUUUGAUGCAUUCCAGUGGGCCUGUGGGCCGCCACCGCCAGCUGAUCUUGGUUCUGGAGGGAGAACUGUACCUCAUUCCCUUUGCUCUCCUCAAGGGCAGUUCCUCCAACGAGUACCUGUACGAGCGCUUCAGCCUCAUCGCAGUGCCCUCCAUCCAGUCCCUGAAUGCCAGCUCCAAGUCCCAUGUGAGGAAGAAUACUCCUGCUUACUCCAGUUCUACCUCAAUGGCAGCUGUGAUAGGAAAUCCCAAGCUCCCUUCAGCAGUUAUGGACAGGUGGCUCUGGGGACCUAUGCCCUCUGCAGAGGAGGAAGCAUAUAUGGUAUCUGAGUUACUUGGCUGCCAGCCCUUAGUCGGCAGCUCAUCAACAAAGGAGAGAGUCAUGAGUGCCCUCACUCAGGCAGAAUGUGUCCAUUUUGCAACCCACGUCUCCUGGAAACUGGCUGCUUUGGUCCUGACACCCAACACUGACAGCAACCCAGCCAGCAGCAAGAGUUCUUUUGGGAACCCCUACACAAUCCCAGAAUCUCUUAGGAUGCAGGAUGAUGCCAGUGAUGUGGAGAGCAUCUCAGACUGCCCUCCUCUCCAGGAGUUCCUGCUUACAGCGGCUGAUGUGCUGGAUCUGCGUCUUCCUGUCAAGCUGGUGGUUCUUGGCUCUUACCAGGAGUCCAACAGCAAAGUCACUUCUGAUGGAGUCAUUGGCUUGACAAGAGCAUUCCUGGCUGCUGGGGCUCAAUGUGUCCUUGUGUCACUCUGGCCCAUUCCUGUGGCUGCUUCCAAAAUGUUUGUGCACGCCUUCUAUUCCUCUCUCUUGAACGGGAUGAAAGCCAGCGCGGCCCUUGGAGAAGCGAUGAAAACCGUGCAGAGCAGCAAACAGUUCUCCCAUCCGGCCAACUGGGCAGGUUUCAUGCUUAUUGGGAGUGAUAUGAAGCUGAACAGCCCUUCUUCACUGGUAGGACAGGCCCUGACUGAGAUCCUGCAGCACCCUGAAAGGGCCCGGGAUGCUCUGCGUGUCCUGCUCCAUCUGGUGGAGAAAUCACUGCAGCGAAUCCAGAACGGGCAGCACAACUCCAUGUACACCUCCCAGCAGAGUGUGGAGAAUAAAGUUGGUGGCAUUCCAGGCUGGCAGGCACUCCUCACAGCAGUGGGAUUUCGGCUGGACCCUCCAGCCAGCGGCCUCCCAGCAGCAGUGUUCUUCCCAACCUCAGACCCCGGGGACCGGCUGCAGCAGUGCAGCACCACCAUCCAGUCCCUCCUAGGUUUGCCUAACCCUGCACUUCAGGCACUUUGUAAACUUAUCACAGCUUCAGAAACAGGAGAGCAGCUUAUCAACAGGCUGCACCAAGUCCUGGUUCAACUUCAGGCAGGCGAGAAGGAGCAAGAUUUCCCCUCUGCACCAAUCCAGGUCUCCAUCAGUGUCCAGCUCUGGAGGCUGCCUGGCUGCCAUGAGUUUCUGGCAGCUCUAGGUUUUGACCUUUGUGAAGUUGGCCAAGAGGAGGUCAUUCUGAAAACUGGGAAACAAGCUACCAGGAGGACCAUGCACUUUGCUCUACAAUCCUUGCUGGCACUUUUUGAUUCUACAGAGCUGCCCAAGCGCCUUAGCCUGGACAGUUCCUCAUCACUGGAGUCACUGGCUUCUGCUCAGUCUGUUUCCAACCCUGCACCCCAGUAUCAAAACCCUCCAUUCUCUCCUACCUGUCCAGACAGCAUUGCCUCAGAUGCCAUUUCUGUGUACAGCCUGAGCUCCAUUGCUUCUUCCAUGAGCUUUGUUUCCAAGCCAGAGAACGUGCUGGAUGGGUCAGGACACAGAGGACGGCAGGAUUAUGAGAGGCCCAAGAAUAUCUAUCCACACAGGUCUGCAGCUCAGAGCCAGCUGUCACCACAAGCCACUGCAGCCAGCAAAGAUGAGGAAGAGUAUGAAGGUUUCUCCAUAAUCAGCAAUGAGCCUUUGGCCAGUUACCAAGAAAAUAUAAAACCAAGAUUUUCCCCUGAUCACAAACAGCCCAAAACUAGUCAGAAUGGAGGCAUUAAAGUGUCCCUCAACUCCAAAGGGAGCAUAAGUACUCCAAAUUCUCCUGUUAAAAUGACUCUCAUCCCCAGCCCAAAUUCACCUUUCCAGAAAGUUGGGAAACUUGCAAGUUCUGACACUGGGGAAUCUGACCAGUCUAGCACUGAGACCGACAGCACCGUCAAAUCCCAGGAGGACAGUAAUCCAAAGCUUGAUCCGCAAGAGCUGGCCCAAAAAAUUCUGGAGGAAACUCAGAGUCACCUGAUUGCUGUUGAACGUCUUCAGAGGAGCAGCAGCCAGAUGAGCAAGAGCAACAGUUCUGACGAUGGCGCGCCCAGCCCGGCCGGCGUGUCCGCGUUCCGCUCCUCCGAGACCAGCGCCUUCAGCCGCCCGCUCAGCUCCAGCCAGAGGAACCAGGCUUCACCCCUGGCAAUUAAACCAAAGCCUCCAACGAGGAGCUCAUCCCUGCAGAAGGUGAGCUCUGGCUAUAACAGCCCCACGACGUCAGAGAUGUCAAACAGAGAAGGCACAGGUCAGUACAGUGGACAGCCGUCGCCAGGUUGUGAUUCACAUGGGUCCCUAACUGAGCAGCCUCCCUUUAAACUCAAGUAUCCCAGCUCUCCUUACAGUGCUCACAUUUCUAAAUCACCCAGAAAUAUCUCUCCCAGCUCAGGGCAUCAGUCUCCUGGUGGCAGCACUCCAUCUCCUGCUCUUUCCUAUUCCUCAGCUGGUUCUGCUCGCUCAAGCCCAGCUGAUGCCCCAGACAUAGACAAAUUAAAAUUGGCUGCCAUCGAUGAAAAAGUGCAAGCAAUUCACAACUUAAAGAUGUUCUGGCAAAGCACUCCCCACCACUCCACUGGCCCAAUAAAGAUUCUCCGAGGAGCUCCUGGAACAAUGACUUCUAAGAAAGAUGUCCUCAGCUUGCUCAAUUUAUCACCACGGCACAGCAAAGAAGAAAGUGCAGAGAAGCUGGAACUGAAGGACCUGUCUCUUGGGCAACACCUUGCUGCUUCGCCACAGAAGAUCCCUCCAAAUGGACACAGACACCCUGAAACCACAAAUGCCAUGGCAUCAGCUCAUUCCUCACCUGGCAGCACUCUGGGAGCCGUGCGUCCCCUGAGGCUGCCAGCUGGGAACGGGUAUAAAUUUUUGUCACCGGGAAGAUUUUUCCCUUCCUCCAAAUGUUGAAAUGUCCUGAGUACCAGCUGAUGACUUACAGUCUUGCUGAAGUAUUUGCUUCUGCCCACUUGCCUUUACCAAAACAGAACCAGUAGCUAAGCAGCCGUGGUCAUGCCCUCAGCUGGCAGUGCCCAGGGAUGGGACAGGCUGGCCUGCUGUCACUGUGGGGGCACACGGCCUCACACACAUGGGUUUUCCUUUCCCUUAUCAGGACCUUGGCCAGACUCACCUGAUAACAGGUUUGUAGUAUUCAGUAUUUGCAGCAGCAGGUGCAAAGCAUCUGUUUGUCUGUUGGUUAAAUACUGGCUUUUAAGCCACCUCCUCAUAUUUCUUAACCAGAAGUUUUACAGCUGGCUUUUUGUACAGAAAUUACACAUAUCAGGGGUUGGAGAGGAAAGGGAGAGGAGGCAGAACAUUCCUGUGUACCACAAAGAACAGGUACAAGUCUCUGCCUGGAGAAGGAUGAGCCAUUUACUCAACUGCUUUCACAGGGUGACAGAGGAGAAGACCACACACCUCUAAACACCUCUGCCAGGCUGGCCAAACCAGAAACUGCUGUCAGUAAAACUCCACAGCAGCAGGAUCUGGCAGUUCUGUUGCAUCAUUUAGAGGCUGGUGAAACAAAGACAAGAGAGAGGUGCCCCGUUCUAAAAUCUGCAUCUCAGGUAACUUUUUUGGAGGGAAAGCCCUCAGAUGAGACUUUGCUGGUUGGUCUGCUCAAAGGAAAUGUUUGGGGCCUAACAAACCAGGUGAGCCUGCGUGUGUGGUAGUGAGUGUGUGUCAGAGAGACAAGUUCUGGUUUAUUGAGGGCUCUGGUCUCUCUGGCACACAUUGUGAAGGUGAACUUUUUAUCCAGGCAAGUUUUGGGCAGUACUUACAUCACUGUCUGCUCAGUGAGCACAGAAAAGGACUACAGAUGCUGCAGCUCAGAACAUUAUUUUGCAGUUCCACAGCAGGCAAGAAUGUGACAUCACCUGACCAAAAAAAUCCCUCCUUGAUCCUGCUAAAUCAUUGCCAGGGCUCGACGCAGGCAGGUCUGCGAACCUUUUCCCUGCUGUGGAGGCAGGUUUCCUUUGGGGCAGGUGUGGAGGCAGGUUUCCUUUGGGGCAGGUGUGGAGGCAGGUUUCCUUUGGGGCAGGUGUGGAGGCAGGUUUCCUUUGGGGCAGGUGUGGAGGCAGGUUUCCUUUGGGGCAGGAGUACCAGUGCAAGCAGCUGUUGGUGCAGCUGGAGCAGGCAGCUCCAGCUCCGAGGCAGCAAACGGAGGGGCUGGAUGCAGAACCUGAGUGCCCUCUGACGUGUGGAAGAAAGGGGACCAAGAGCACCCCCAGGGCGACAUGCACAGCUUCUCUAGGCUGGGUGGGAUCCAGGAGUUCGGGGCAGGCUGGAGAUGGUUUCUGAGUGGCUGUGGAAUGCAGUGAUGUGAUCAGCACCCCCGUGAUCAUUUACAUGCACUGAAGCCAUGGGCGUGUGACAGCCCCGCCACGCGAGCUCAGAUCCACGCAAGGUAUUCCCAGGCUGUGAAGUCAGAGCACUGGAUCACCAAGGUUUUUGGUGUCUAUUCUGCACUCCCAGAACUGGCUGAGUGACUGAAGGCUAAUCACUUCACCUCUCCGUGCCUCGUCUUCCCUUUCUAUCGAAAUGGGGAUAGUAAUACUUACCUACCUACCUCACAGAGGUGUUGUGAGGCUGAAUUCAUUAGGCCCUGAGUUUUAGCUGGAUCUUAAGUCAACUUCCAGUCUUGCAGCUGAAUGGAGAGUGCAGGCAGCUCUGUGGACGUACCAGAGGUAUGUUGCUGGCACAGAGAAUUGUACUUAGCAUGGCUGGAUGCUCUUGUUGUAAAUGUGGAUCUGAUAAUUUGUGAUUUUAUUAGGGAUCUUGGAGGAAAAGCGUGAUAUCAGGGCAUAGAAUUCUGUUCUGAUAUGGAAACAUGAAAAUGCUUAGGCUCAGCUUACUCAUAGGGCAUAAUCAGAUGCGUGCUGUGAGAAUAUUCUGCAGUCUGCUGGUUUCAGGAGAAUGUUUUCCUUUUUAUCAUCAUAAGAAAUGAACACAUACACUAAAGGCAAAGGAUACUGGGCUGGGUUGUUACAGCCAGGAAAUGAGGAAGGGGGCAUCACCAAAGUUUUCAGUACAGAGAGAAGGAGUAGUUACCUACUCGUACACAAUGUAGCAGAACAGUUGAGUCAAUCUGUUCAACUCAUUAUGAUGCAAGUUAUUUGUCUGUACAUGACAUCUUCCUGUGAUGGUUUGGUGCUAAACAUCACCUUCGUGUCAUUUGGCAGGAAAAAUUAGAAUAGUGAGCCAAAACAAGUCAGCACAGCAUCUGCCCCUUGUGGAGACAGUGAUGCUGUUGAUCAUGCCACUUAUUGUGGUCACAGGACUGCUGAGAGACUUCAUGUGACCUGCUCUGUUUCUAACCAGCAUAAACUUCUUGAAACGACAUCCCAGGAACACCCAGGAUGGAAAUGGGCAGCUUUUUGUUUAUAGCAACAGCAAAUACUCCCUGUAGUGCUGCAUAACACGCCAGAAAUAAGCCUCUUUGUUGUAGUUUACUUCCAUAACUAAAGGAUCUUUUAACCUGUAAAAAUCCUGUGCUGCCAUUUUGCUACAACCCAUUUCUGUGCUCCAGCAGGUUUCAUGCUGGCUUAAAGCUUUCAGACAGAGCUAAAUCGGGGUGGGGGGUGUGGGGGAGUGGUUCUUCUGUUGUUUUUAAGGAGGGGGGAGCAUUAGAAGCAGGGAAGGGUUCAGAUGUAGAGAAAGUUCAGUAUUUGGGGAAUUUGAUGUUGUAUAAAUAUGGAAGGUGAGUGUCACUAGAACAAGUCUUUUGGGAAAUUGGUCUCCGUUGACUUGGCACGGGUCACUUCCAUUGGCUUGCCGGGAGCCAUGAAAUGCAUGCUUACUCGUGGCUGGGAGACACUGCACACCCUGUCCCUCAUUCCUCCACCUCCUGAAUAGAAACAACCCCUUUGUGAGGAAAUGAAGAGUUUUAUCAGGUUUGCCCAAUACGUGGAGAAAUUCAGGAAAUGAAAACCACAUGUUCUCCAUUUGCUGUUAGAAUUCCUUCUGUGGGUUUAAUGCAUUUGUCGUUGUUGUAUUUGUGCAUGGUACAAGUGACAACACUGCGUAAUACAGUGAGCAAUAACAAUUAGGUAUUAACCACUUUCACAUUAAACCUGCCACAUGCAACCAUUCCCCAAGGCCAUAGAAUGUUUUGGGUUUGCCCUGUAUGUUUUACUGUGUGAGAUUCCACCUUUUUUUAUUGACUGUCUUUAGCUCCAACCAAAUGGGAACAGUAAACAACCCCUGUGAUCAAAAUCUAGUUUAAUUUCAUUUUGUUGGUUAGCCUGUAUCUCUGACCUGAAACUGGUUUUCCUUCUGUUUAAUCAUACAUUAAUCAAACAAGGAAAAAGGUGCUACACCCAUGCACAUCACUCUAGGCCAUAUUUUUUUUCAUUAGGGCAAGCUCGUUCUGUGAACAUCUCUUCCAAGUUGCAGAACAGAUCCAGGGGCACAGAGGUGUCUGUGAAUCUGUUAGGAAGCACUGGUAGUUUCAGCUGGAUGGUGAAAAUGGGUUUGAGCAGUUUCGGGUUCCUUGCAUUGCCACGCUGCCCAGCAGGGCUGCACACGUGUGUGGACACUGGUCCCCUCAGCUGCAGAAGAGCACUGGAGACAGUGACCCAGAGAGGAUGGUCAGCAGAGGCUUCCCAGCAGCAGCCCUUCAGCACUCGCUCUCCCUAUGUGCAGUGUUAGCCAUGUUUGGCCUCUAUGGACUUUCUUUGUAAAUGAAAACUCUGUUUCCAGACAGCAUUAAACUUUUUAUAUUAUGAAAUUUACCAUGUAAAAAGAUUUUCAUAUUUUUAUUGAAAUUGCUAAGGCAUUUGGCCUUUUCUUCUUUGUGAUUUCAGUGUCUAUUAAAGCAUGAGUUCUCUCAGUG